AUGGCUGCCCCAAUGCCAUACCAUGUUCGUUCGAAUAGUAUGCCAUCUGGGACUCACCCUCUCUUUCGUCAAUUGAAUGAGAAGUUGCUUUCGAUUAAUGACUCCGCUCAACAUACAGCUGAGUGCCUUGCUGAUUCUCUUCUAGAAUUGUAUGAUGUCUUUGAUGACCUCCUUCAAUUGCCACAAACCCUUGAUGCCCUCCAUUCGGAAGAUAAAUCAGUCAAUGAAAUGCUGGAUGACUCUCUAAACUUGCUAGAUGUGUGCAGCGUCAUGAGAGAUGCCAUAUCCCGUUUGCGAGAGCAGCAUCAAAUCAUUCUAUCUUUUCUUCGUAGGAGAGACUACACCAGGAUGGAAGGCCAAGCUCAUGUCUCAGCCAGAAGGAAGAUGAACAAGGAGUUGGAAAAAUGUCUCAGCACCUUAAAAAGAACUUUCAGAUCAAUCUCUUCUCAGCUCCCACAAAAUCAUUCCAUACAAAAUGAGGAGGUGGAGGUUGCCUUGAGUCAAGUGGGAUCUGCCUCUCUCUUCGUGUGUGAAUCUCACCUUUUGAGAUUCAAAACACCAAAGAAAAGAAAAUCGAUCAUAUCCACCAUCCUCAGAUCCAAGUCCCGGCAACAAAAUGAGGGAAACAAUGAAUCGGAGUGUGCAAAUGCUUCCAUUUGUGCACUCUAUACACACUCUGGCAAAGUUGAUGAGACGUGUGCCAAGGAUGUCCAAAGAAAAUUGGCCUCAUUGGACAAAUGCAUGAGGAACAUUGACGAUCGAUUGGGGUGCAUCAACAAUCGCUUGAUUAGAAGCCGUGUUUCCCUUCUUAACAUCAUUACAAACUGA